UCAAAAUGUAGAAUGUGGUUUCCCACGCAUUUCUUCACAUUAAUAAUUUCUCCGGUCUCCUCCUUAGCUCUAUAUAUAACGCAACCCACGUCAAUUCGGCCUGAUCGGUGCUGUGUCAUAAAGCUGGAUCAGACCCCAGAAAUCAUGCCCUGGCUCUGUCAGUAAUGGAAGAUGAGAUGAAGGGUCAGAUCCUCUUAAUUCUUUCCUUACUGUUCUGCUUUGUAAUAAGCUUCACCACCCCCAUCGUAGUCGACUCCUACGAGCGUUACCACUUUUGUUCAAACGCGAGCACUUACACUCCAGACAGUGCCUACGGAGCCAACCUCCAGGCCCUCUUGUCCGCUCUCUCGGACGCCGCCGACACCACCACCACCGGCUUCUACAACUCCACCGCCGGAGACAGCUCCUCCCCCUCUGACCAAGUCCACGGCCUCUUCCUCUGCCGCGGCGACGUCUCACCCGAUCCUUGUUUAGAGUGCGUGUCGACGACCAUCACAGAAAUACAGAAGCUGUGCCCAGAACAGAGAGAAGCCAUCAUUUGGGACGAUCAUUGCACGCUCUGGUACUCGAACCAGUCCCGAUCCGCCUUCUCCAACAAUCCUGACGCUGUUGCAGAGAUUUAUAAUAGGCAGGAUAUCAAAGCUUCGACCAAAACCGAGUUCAAGAAGGUUCUGGGAGAAACCCUGCGUGACGUAGCUAACCGGGCCGCAACAAGUCAAUCGGCCGGCAAGAAGUUCGCCACUAAAGAAGCCAGCUUCGGUACUGCGAAUCAGAAGCUAUAUACGCUCGCUCAGUGCACGCCAGAUUUGUCUAUUUCUGCUUGCAACUCCUGCCUCGCUGACGCUAUCUCGGAGCUCAGCGUUUGUUGCGAGGGCAAGCGAGGUGCAAGAAUUCUUACACCCCUUUACAACGUUAGGUAUGAGAUUUACCCCUUCUACUACCUCAACGCCGCCAGAUCACCUCCGGCAUCGGCCGUUCCUCCUCCACCGAAUUCGCCCAACAGUCCAGGAAAUGAAGGAAGUAAAAGAAAAAGGACGAUUAUUAUAGCUACGAUCACAAGUGGAUCUGCAAUGCUCCUAGCGAUAGGUGUACUCUUCUAUCGAAGCAGAAGGAAAAGAAGAGAGAAAGACAAAGAAAAUAGUCAAGAAGUUCAAUUAAUAGGGUUGGCAGGAGGAAUGGUUGACCAGAGCUAUAGUAUCAAUACUGAUCAGACAAAAUCUUCAGACUUUCCCACCAUUCAAUUGGACCUUAUACUUGCAGCUACAGCUCAUUUUUUUGACGAAAAUAAGCUAGGGGAAGGGGGGUUUGGUCCAGUUUACAAGGGUACAUUACCAAAUGGACGAGAGAUUGCUGUCAAGAGACUCUCAAGAACUUCUCACCAAGGACUCCAAGAGUUCAAGAAUGAAGUUACUUUGAUUGCAAGAUUACAACACAAGAAUCUUGUCAAGCUCCUUGGUUGUUGCUUAGAGGGGAACGAGUCACUGCUCAUCUAUGAGUACAUGCCCAACAAAAGCUUAGAUGUUUGGCUCUUUGAUUCAAGUAAAAGUGUGGAAUUAGAUUGGAAGAUGCGUAUUUUCAUUAUUAGUGGAAUUGCUCGUGGUAUUUUGUACCUACAUGAAGAUUCCCGACUUAGAAUAAUUCACAGAGAUCUUAAACCAAGCAAUAUUUUGUUGGACAAUGAAAUGAAUCCCAAAAUAUCAGAUUUUGGAAUGGCGAGAAUUUUUGGUGGAAAUCAAAACCAAGCCAACACAAAAAGAGUAGCCGGAACAUAUGGAUAUAUGGCCCCGGAAUAUGCCAUGGAAGGGUUAUUUUCUGUGAAGUCUGAUGUAUUCAGUUUUGGAGUUCUCUUGCUAGAGAUUAUAAGUGGGAAAAAAAAUACUGACUUUCAUUUAUCCGCGAAUGGUCACAACCUCCUCACUUUUGCAUGGGAAUUAUGGUUAAAAGGGCAAGCACUGGAGUUGGUUGAUCCAUUAUUGGCGCAUUCAUCAGACUUAACUGAAGUGUUAAAGUGCAUACACAUUGGAUUGCUUUGUGUUCAGAAAGAUCCAACAGUUAGGCCUAUCAUGUCAUCUGUAGUUGUUAUGCUAGCAAGCAAUAAUAUGGCGCUCCCUCAACCAACUGAACCGACAUUUUAUGUGGGUCAAUUAGUCUUGAGAUCAACUCAACCCACAUCCUCUGCCAAUGAAGCAUCUCUUUCAAAUAUAUCACCCCGUUGACUCUUACUAUUAUACUUUUCUUGUCUGGUUGCCAAAGAGAAAAUCUAUAACAACCUUGUCAGUCCAUCCUAUAUUGCAACACUAUUAAUUUGUUAAUAUUUUAUGUCCACUUUGAGGAAUACCGUGGUCAAGUUUGCUUAGG